GUGAAAUUGUGAGUAUAUCAAAUUACAUCUGGUUUUCAAUGAAAUUUCGAAGCCUUGACUGCCUUGUGUUCUCGAUAAACGAUAGUUUAAGUUAAAUACAUCUAUAAUCCUUGAAAAUGGCCUCCGUUCAGUGCAUUGUGGACUGGCAGUCGACAACGAACACUAUCUUAGAAAGAAACCGUCACAUGUUUAAUAAUUCAGACAUGAGUGAUAUCAGCUUUAUAUGCGAUGCUUCAGACAAGACAUUCUGCGCACAUAAAUAUGUCUUGGCCACAAGUAGCGCCGUAUUUUAUGCGAUGUUUUAUGGCAGCCUUGCCGAGAAAGAAUCGAUUGUUCGCUUGCCUGAUACAAACGAGGAAAGCUUGGAACAAUUUUUGAAAUUUCUUUACACGGAGGACUGUACAUUGACUGCAGACAAUGUUUUUGCGAUUCUGUAUUUGGCAAAGAAAUACAUUGUGCCUUCGCUCAAAGAGAAAUGUGCUAAUUUUCUGGUGGAAAAUUUAAACCCUGAAAACGUGCUGGACGUCCUCGACCAAGUGACUCGGUUUGAUGAAGAAGAUUUAAAAAGACAUUGUUGGAAAGUUAUACAGUCCCAUACCAGCAAAGUGGUGGCCUCUGAUAAUUUCAAUAACAUCAGUCAAGGGACCUUGACAAAAUUACUGAUGCAUGACAAUCUGAAUGUACCAGAAGUGGAACUGUUCCAUGCUGUUUUAAAAUGGAUUGAUUUCCAAUGUUCAUGCAAGAACUUGGAACCAACAAGCAAGAACAGAAGGUCUGUUAUUGGCAAGGCAAUCUAUGGGUUGCGAUUUUUUAGCAUGAGUCAUAAAAAGUUUGUCAAGCAUGUUGCUAAAUCUGGCUUGCUAACUUCGGAUGAGUUAGUUCCAAUUUACGAGAAAUUUCUUGUUGGAGUUGAUUCGCCUGCACUGAAAUGGAAGUUGCCGAAUAGGAAACCAGCAAACAUGGUGAGGGUUUCCAGAUUUUCUGGAAAUGUUGACGAUAUGCUAAACGGAAGGGAAUGCUAUAAUUCCCUUACCGGUUACUUCGUUUUUUCAGUGGAUAAAGAGGUAUUAUUUCUUGGUGUUCGUUUGUUUGCAAAAUAUGAUGACAUUCAGCAUCUGGUCAGACUGGAAGUCGUUGAAAAUACCAUAGUGGUGAGUGGAAUGUAUGUAUCUGAACCUGAUGAAGAUGACAUUUCUGGUUUUGAUGUAAUGUUCAAGAAACCCAUUAUGGUGAAGCGAAAUGAUGAUGUAACAAUAUUUGCGGAUAUUCGUGGGCCAUGUAAGUUUUAUGGCACAAAUGCAUUUUCUACUGUUACAAAUCAAGGAAUCACUGUAACAGUUGAUUGUCCGUCUGGGCCUCAGCCAUAUUUUCCCGAGAGCAUAAUGUUGGGGCAGCAAUUCCAUGAAUUAAUACUUUCGAUUCUUUGUUAAUGUUUUUAAAAAGUAUUAACAGUUUUGUAAUACUGUCCAACCUGUGAACAGUGUUGUUGACAAUGCGUUAUAUGAGAAUAAUAUUACAGCGUUGUUUAAUAACUUUUGUUAAUUUACUGUUAAUUAAAUUGGCUGCUGGUUGAUCAUAAAUUCAUAAUGUUUACCUCCAGGGUGGAUUAUAACGAUUCCUCAAACCAAUUUUCAAAUCAUCAAAAAUCAAAAUCAUCACCAAUUGACCAUUUGCGUAAUAGACUAAAUUUUGAAC